CCUCGGGGGUGAAACACCCUCRACCUAUUCUCAAACUUUAAACAGGUAAGAUUUCGGGGUUGCUUAAGCGAACCCCGAGGAUCAAUGAAAGCUCCAAGUGGGCCAUUUUUGGUAAGCAGAACUGGCGAUGCGGGAUGAACCGAAAGUCGAGCUACGGUGCCAAACUGUGCGCUAACCCGGACACCACAAAGGGUGUUGAUUGAUACAGACAGCAGGACGGUGGUCAUGGAAGUCGAAAUCCGCUAAGGAGUGUGUAACAACUCACCUGCCGAAUCACUCAGCCCCGAAAAUGGAUUGCGCUGAAGCGCGCGAUCUAUUCUCGGCCAUUGCGGCGAUUCUGACAGCGCGACGAGUAGGAGGGCGCGGGGCCUGCUGCGAAGCCUGGAGCGUGAGCCUAGGCUACUGUCCUCUGUCUCCUGGGUUUCGCCUGCGUCGAGUGCUGUUGGGGGUGCCCGCGGCAACCGGCGGAUGUGGACCCAGGGGGAAGAGGGCUUGUGUUCCUUUUGUGCCCCCGUGCACAGGUGGAGGCUUUCCGUCCGUCCGGGCAUGUUGGAAGCGUGGUGCAUUCGUUUCUCUCUUCACCCGCGUUUCACGUCGGCGGAAGCAGCUGACCUCGGGACCGCCCAUAUCGAGCCCUGCGAAGGUAGGAAUUUUCUUACAGCAAGCAGCAGGGGCGAUCCAGUCCGAUCGAGAAGAGGCGCGACGCGAGCUGCAGGCACAGGCGGAUGCAGAACCGAAGAGGCGGGAUCGGUCCCGCUCCCUGGCUGGUCGUAAGGUGCAGCCGCUUAAAGACGAGGACCGAUGGGUGUCCCCGCAGCGAAGACGCAUUGACGAAGAGGAGUUGCAGAAUAAGGUGACCGAGGAGGGGCUGGCGGAAGGCAGGGAGGAUGCGCAAACCCGUCAGCCUGCCCCCGAUUUGGAUGAGCCCAUGAUAGGGGAUGAAGGUGGGGACUCGACGGAUGACAGGGGCGGAGCGAUGGAUGAGGACAUGGAUAUCAAUGAGGGGAUGGAAACAGACAUGGAUAUUACUACAGCGGUGAAGGGAUCGCUACAGGAAAUAUUAGCUGUCGAGGAGUGUUAUGUCUGCCCGGUGAUGCUAUGGUGGGCGGAGCAGGGCAUUAAGGUGGUCACGAAAGGGAAUACGGAUUUCUUCGUCUAUGCGGCGCGCUCCCUCCCCAAGAACCCGAAUAUUAUCAGACAAGUCAGUCGUUGGGUGGGUCCUAACUAUAGAGUGAAAGUGCUUCCUAAAGUCUCGGUGGGACGCUUUUUCAGACAACCGCGAGGGGGGACGGAGUACGGACUGUUGGUCUUUUUUACAUCCAUCACCCCCCGGCGAGUGGGCUCUCUGACCUUGGCUCACAAGGAUUCUACUUGGACGAAGUUGGAUCAGGUCUUUGGCCCCCGUGCCAGCCCGACUGACUAUCGGAUUGUCAACGAGUUUACGGCAGGGAUAUUGGCCAAAGUCAAUUCUAUGCUACCUACGAACGAGCGUCUGGGAUCGGGGAACUUUACUGAAGCUAAAGAUGCGGAGGCGCUACAGUUGUUUAUGGCAGAAUUGGACUGUGUGGACGUCUACCGCACGGCCUUCCCUGCGGGACGGGAGUUCACCUGGUAUGGAUCGGCAAACCGAAGGAGCCGGAUUGACAUGGUAUGGGCCUCGAGUUCGAUCUUCAGGAGCGGCAGCGAGAUUGCUUACCUUCCAACAGCACUGUCAGAUCAUGUAAAGGUCGCAACCAACUUUCCGGUGGGGGACAUUAUGGUGGGUCACCCACAACCAUCCCUUCCCGCAUGGGUCUUUCAGGACGAAGAAUAUAAACCUCUGAUCCAACAACAUUGGGAUAAUUGGCUGCCGAGACGCCCCCAAGGAAUGGACGAGUUGGGAUGGGUGGCGCAGGGCAAUGCUCUGAUGCGCAGGUGUCUGCAUGAUAGGUUGGCCGGUAGUUACCAUGCCCACUUGGCCACAGGACAGGAGUACGCCGACCACCUCAGUGCGCUUAAUUGUGGCCCCAAGGAUGAGCGGACGGAAGAGGAAUGGUGGGUGGAGCGAAUGGAGGCCGUGCGGGAGUGGCAAGAGUGGGAGACGGUGGAAACCGCCCGCUGGGGGCGCAGAUCAAAGGUGGGAUGGACUGUGGUGGGUGAGAAGAUGUCUCGACGCUUUUUCAGAGAGCUGGGAAAGAAGCAGGGGAUUGCCCUCAUGACGGCAAUGGAGCCCCCCUUUGACCUGCGGCAGGCGAGGCAAGAGACCACGUUGGGGACUUUGGACUAUGGAGCAGAUGGCGACGGCCCCGCAGGAGCACAUUUGGAGUUGCGGGCAGCGGUACAUAGAUACCUGUGGGCGGGAGAUGUGGAAGCGGAGUCGGUAAUCCCUAGGGUGGCUUGGUCGAAGCUCACCCAGCCCAGGAGUCAGGGGGGGCUGGGGAUCUUGGACCCAGAACUGCAGAUGACGGCGCUUCAGCUGCGUAACCUGCUGUGGUUUUUGUUGGGGACGGCGGGCACAGCGUGGGAGAGCCUUACCACUCAGCAUUUGGCCCUGGCGCUUGGCAUGACGGAGCAAAUGGUCUUAGUGGCGCUGGCCAGCCCGAGUCUCAUUAGCCACGUCAAGAGGAACCAGAUUUGGUCUGUUGCGCUGACUUUGUGGAAAAAGCUCCAAUUACAACAGGAGUUACCGGUCACCGCUGACGAUGUCUAUAAUCAACUCCUCUUUGACAACCCCUGCAUAUGUGACGAUACGGGUGAUCCGUUCCCAUGGCAGGGGAAGCCUGGAGCUUUUGGGAAGCAUUGGGCGGAAUGUGGGUUUUUUAAGAUUGGCCACCUGUGGGACGAGGAGGAGAGGGACUGGAGGAAAGAGGCUGACAUGGCAGUGCGGCUCCCCCACAAGUUCCGGAGGCGGCAACACCUAUCUGCCCUUCAGCGGGCUAUUCCCACGCAAUGGGUGGACACACUGAGGGAGGACCAUAGAGUGGGGGGAGAAUGGGUGAGACGUAACGGAGAGACACACCCCCUACAGGUAUAUCAGAUCACUCAGGUACAGGGUGAGGAGGUGGUGACACGAGCAUGGAACGCGGUGACUGGGUAUGAGGGUCUGGGAGCCCCAAUGAGAGUAGGACCUGGUGCGGAGAUGCGGUGGAGAACUGAUGAAAUUGAGACGGUGGCGGUAUGCGCAGAGAAGAAAACAGAGGGGGGGUUGGGAAGUGCCCGACCCUUUCGGAUUUGCAGUACAAGGCGAGAGCUGGCGAUUGACCCGCAAGAAUGGAGUAGUUUCUCUACAACAGGAAGUCGACGUCAGUUUCUCGACAAUAGAAAGUCGACGUCUAUGGGUCUGUGCAUCAACGAAGGUGUGAACACUGCUGGUGGUUUGUCUCCUCUGCUGCUUCAUGACCGGUCCUUGCUCUUCAUUCGCUGCCUUACAAUUGCUCUGCACCAACUCGUCAAGUCGGCAGGCACAGAAAGUUCGCCCAUAGCUAGUGGUUUGUUCGUGGUUGCAGACAAUUGCUCUGCACCAACUCGUCAAGUCGGCAGGCACAGAGAGGUCAUACAUUCUUUGUCACAAGAAGCAGAAAGAAGCAUGGCAGAGAAAUCGCUCGAGAGUUAUGUUGAUCGAAAAAGGAAUGUGUCCAAGGACGAAGGAGGCGCGGAAGAAAGUGAAAGACGUACUGGCCGGGGAAAGAUGUCGGACGAGGGUGGUAACAAAGAAGAAUAUAUAGACGAGAUGAUCAAAGAAUUGAAAAAAUUGAUUCAGUCAGCGACCAAAAUUUACAAUGAUCAGAUAAAUGUGAUGGCAGUCGCGGCGGAAGGAGGGAAGGAAGGACAAGCUAGCGGGGAAGAGGGAAUUGACGAAGAGGAUGGAGCGAGAGAUGCGAAAAACAAAAAACGUGAUGAUGUUGUACAAGUGGCAGAAACAAAAGAGGAAGAGGAGGAUGAAGACGACGAGGAAGAGGCAGAAGCAGACUAUGUCAAGGAAGAGAAAAAAAAAGAAGGUGAAGUGGAAAAUGUAGAAGAGGAAGUCGGCGGAGAGAAAAAUGGGGGGGGAAAUGGUAAUGCUAAAAAAGAGAAAGAUAAGGAGGAGGAAGAAGAGGAAGAAGAAAACGAGGAUGAAGAGGAAGAUGAUGGAAAAGAGGAAGAAGAGAACGAGGAUGAAGAGGAAGAUGAUGAAAAAGAGGAAGAAGAGAACGAGGAUAAAGAGCAAGAUGAUGAAAAAGAGGAAGAAGAAAACCAGGAUGAAGAGGAAGAUGAUGAAAAAGAGGAAGAAGAGAACAAGGAUGAACAGGCAGAAGCAAAAGAGGAAGAGGGAGAUGAGAACGAGGAUGAAGAGGAAGAUGAUGAAAAAGAGGAAGAGGAGGAGGAUGAAGAGGUAGAAGCAAAAGAGGACGAGGAAGAUGAAGAUGAAGCUGAAGACGAUGAGGAAGAGGCAAAAGCAGCCUAUGUAGAGGAAGAGGAAAAAAAAGAAGGUGAAGUGAAAAAUGUAGAAGAGGAAUUCGGCGUAGAGAAAAACGAGGGGGGAAAUGGUAAUGAUAAAAAAGAGAAAGAUGAGGAGCAGGAAGAAGAGGAAGAAGAGAACAAGGAUGAAGAGGAAAAUGAUGAAAAAAAAGAGGAAGAAGAUGAUGGAGAACGAGAGGAAGAGGAGGAAGAGGAGAAAAAUCACAAUGACGAAGGAGAGGAAGAGGGAAGAGAAGAAUAAGAUGGACAUGAAGAAGAGAGAGAAAGUGAAGAAGGUAAGGAUAAAGAGAAAGAUGAGGAAAAGGAAGGUGAUGGGAACGUUAAAAAAAGUGAAGAGGAGGAAGAGGACGAGGAUGAAGAGGAUGAAAGUGAAGAAUAAGGAUUCGACGUAGAAUAUUAUUUUCGCAUGAAGAAUAUUAUAGAAACACGAACAAAGCCGAGAGGUUCGGGAUCAAUGAUAGAAUCAAGCCUAGACGGUCGU